AUGAAAGCAUUUGAAGAUGUAGAAAUUGCACAUACAGUAGAAAAGGCAGGUAAUACAGAUAUGGUGCGCACUAUGUUUACUGACAGAGAGGGUCGUAUUAUACUUAACGAGGGCACUUCUAAUGCAGAGUCUAAUGCGAAUGGUCAUCGUAUUAGGCCAACUGCUUCUGCAAGGGCACAACGACGACGAGUACAUCGGCAACAUGAAGAAGCCCAACCUGAACCCCAAACAGGUGAUAUAGAUGAACCUCCACAGGAUGUUGGAUAUCCUGGUGGUCCGGUUGAUAGUUCUGUCCUAGGACAUUUGGCGAUCAUGUUGCGACUCGACUCUGGGAUGGAUCGAGGAGAAUUAAGGGUGUUCAGCAAUGGGAAAAAAUUAAAAGAAGCUGUUAUUGAAGACGAAGAGGUUGAGCAACUGGUUAAAAGCUCGAGAUUUUAUUCGUUACUAAAAUGCAGCUAUGAAAUGAUCGACAAAGGGAUCAUUUCGACAUUCGUAGAGAGGUGGCAUCGUGACACCAGUAGCUUUCAUCUACUUAUUGGUGAAAUGACGAUUACUUUGGAAGACAUGUCAUCUCUGUUGCAUAUUCCCAUUACCGGUGCAUUCUUCAGUGUUAAUGUAUUUAACAAGGAUGAAGGUGCAAAUAUAUUGGCAGAGCUUCUUGGAGUUAGUCACGGUGUUGCUUAUGUAGAAUUUAAUGUGACGCGGACAACCACGGUUAGGUAUAGUUGGUUACUUGACGUAUACCAUCAACGUUGUCGUGAGCAGCGUUGGCAGAUGGCUGCGAGAGCAUUUCUUUUGUUUUUGGUCAGUUGCACACUCUUCAGCGAUAAGAGUGCAUACGCAGUUAGUGUUGCCUAUCUUGAGUGCUUCCGAGACCUUAAUUCUUGCGGGGGAUAUGCAUGGGGUGCAGCUGCUCUUGCUUAUCUUUAUGACAAUCUUCGAGAAGCCAGCAUGCAUCAAACCAGAACUGUUUCUGGGUAUCUAACACUUUUACAGCCAUGGGUCUAUGAGCAUUUUCCUACAUUAUGUAGAGAUUGUUGUAGACUUUUUGCUAGUUAUGUUGAAGACUAUCCUAGAGCACUUAAAUGGAAGCCUAAAAGGGAUAAGGGUUUGGUUCUUCCAUUUAGGAAAGCUCUUGAUGAGAUUGAUGUUGAUGAGGUCUGUUGGACACCAUAUGAGGACCAUCGACUGAAGUGGCCUUUUGAAGAUGUAUCUUUAUUUCGAGGGUGGAUACGUUGGGGUCCGAAGAUGUAUGCUCAUCUGACAGACAUAGUAUUGCGGCAAUAUGGUCAUGUCCAAACCAUUCCUGGCUCACCGUUAGAGGUAGUGGGUCAGACGAACACACCAGAUGAAAUGGACAUUAUGUUUACGCAAUAUGCUGUGCAUGUAGUGGAUGCUGGCGCAUUUGUGCAGGGACAUGUAGUCUGCUCGAAUGAUUAUAUGGACUGGUUUCGCAGAAUUUCUCAUUCAUACAUCAUUCGUAGAUGA